AUGACACACACGAGACGAAGAGGACGCGAGCUCAAUCUUGUUGGUUUGCCCAAGCAAAUUCUCUUUGGAUGCCUCCAUUACCCAACGGAGCCAAGCGUCAUGCCUCUCGCCGACAUGCCGGGUGACAUUGACAACGAGCCAACGCCCCGGAUGGCUCGCGGCCGGGGAAAGGCUAGAACCGGCAGUCCAGUGACAUCUAUCCGUGCAUACCCGUCGUGGACGACCGUUUGGGUACCGCCCAAGGAACGCGGCUAA